AGAUGGCAUCAUUGAUCAUUGACAUUUGGUGACUGACGCUGUAUAGCGAUGCACCUGUAGUUGGUCUUCACAAGGCUACUUUUCUCCAUUUGGGAGUAUGGCAUUCAAAAGCUAGAAGUUGGGCAGAUGGAUCGCUGACUGAGUGUGGAGUCCAAAUAUCGCAUGGAAAUAAAAUAUCGUCCGAACAAGCACCUACGCCGUCCGAGUUAGCAAGAUGACUGAUUCACAGCCGGACGGCCCUAGCGGCGGCACAAAGAAGUUGCCGUCAUCUCCGCUCACCUGCGAGGAGCUGCAGCGGCUGCAUCUGCAACUACUGGAUUGGGAUCACGUUGCCGUGCUGCAACGUCAACAGCAGCUAGCUGCGUUGGGCCAGUUGGAGGGUCUGCUGGUGGACAGGACGGAACUGACGCCCAACGAACUGCAGCUGUGGGUGCUCCGGCUGACCAACAGAACUAAGAACGGGCCGGGCGUACCGGCCGUGAACGGAAGACCUCUCAGGCAUAACAUUCGCGACCGUGAGCCAAUAGAGGUGUUUAGUACGGAACCAGAGGAAUUCGGCGUGACCAAGACGGCCGUUGUGUACAAGGUCACCGAAGAUGAGAUCUUCAUAGUCAUUGAUAAUGGUGGAGAGCUCAUCCCGGACACGAUUGUGGAUAUCAAAAGAUUGGACGAUGAUUCAAUGCACAGGAAGAUGCGUAGCAUCGUGAGGGGGCUGGAUGGCAUCUCUGGAAGAGCUCGCCGACUGCGAGCAGUUCUGUUCGGCGAGUGGCCGGUAGAAUCCUCAGCUGAACUGCCGGCGAAGCUUAUCAACGCAAACGGAAGACUGGACUUCCACAGCACCGAGUUGAACCAACUUCAGCGCGACGCGGUGGAGUUCGCUGUCCGUCAGAAGCAUCUGGCCGUCAUCCACGGUCCUCCCGGGACCGGAAAGACCACCACCAUUGUCGAGAUCAUCCUGCAGCAUCUGAAGAUGGGCUGUCGCAUUCUGGCGUGCGCCGAUUCCAACACGGCCGUGGACAACAUUCUCGAACGACUAUCCAAGAAAAACUCCCUCCACAACCUUGACCUCCGCAUGGUACGUCUCGGACAUCCAGCCCGCAUCAGGGAAUCUCUGCUCCGCUUUUCGCUUGACAGAGUGACUGAGACUCUCGGUCGCAGUGCAGGCCACCGACAUGGUAAAAGGGGCAGGUCACUGAGGAAACUGGCCAUAGAGACGUCCAACGUUGUUCUCUGCACACUUGCUAACGCCAGCAGAGAUGGCUUGCUGGGAGCACCCGGGCGUCGAGGCCUGGGUGCGUUUGACCUGGUGGUGAUCGACGAGUGCUCCCAGUCGGUGGAGGCCGCCUGCUGGCUGGCAGCGCAACGGACCGGGAAGCUGUUGCUGGCCGGCGAUUACCACCAGCUGCCUCCGACCAUCAUCAGUCAAAAGGCGGCGUGCCGCGGCCUGGAAGUCUCCCUUAUGGAGCGUCAGGUGAAGCUGCACGGAGCGCAGGUCAUACGCAUGCUCUGCACCCAGUACCGGAUGCACGAGCUGAUCCAGCAGUGGCCGUCGCAGCAGUACUACGGCGGCCAUCUGAGGGCGGCGCCGGUCGUGCGCCACCACCGUCUGACCGAUCUGCCCCGCGUGCGCCUCACGGAGGACACGGAGCAUACCCUGGUGCUCAUCGACACGGCCGGUUACGGGCUCACCGAGGCCAGACCUGAUUACUCCGGCUCACGAAGCAACCACGGUGAGGCCGAGAUCGUGGCAGCGCACGUGGGUGCCCUGGUGCAUGCCGGUGUGCCCCCUAAGCAGAUAGGCGUGAUCACACCAUACCGCGCACAGAGCACCCGUGUGCUUGACCUUUUAUGCUGGCGCUAUCUGGGGGAGGUGGACGUCCAAACCGUUGACGGUUUCCAGGGACGCGAAAAGGAGGCCAUCAUAGUGACCCUGGUCAUCUCCAAGAAGCAAGGUCUCGGAUUCGUAACAGACAAGCGUCGCAUCAACGUAGCCAUCACCCGCGCCCGGCGACAGCUGGUGAUCGUCUGCGACACGAAACUCAUGAGCCAAGACAAGGACGUUCGGUCGCUUCUUAAGUACAUGCGGCGAUAUGGCAAAGUUUGGACAGCAAAUGACUAUAAAGACGAUCUGAGCACGGAAGUUCGUGCUCGGCUUCGUGGUCGCCCAAGGAGCUAAAUACCGCAACCUCCGCCAUCCCGAUCAGCCUGAUACAAAGAGAAAGGCUCCGGCGAAACGCAGCACAAAGAAGAUUUGAGGUGUUCUGCGACGAAGGGGGAACUCGGGGUCAUUCCUCUACCCCAGCCUUCGUCUGUGUGUGAUCACUAAUUCACGUUAGUUUUGAUUAACGGUCGACAAAGACGGUGACCUUGUCUGGUCGCAUUGCCAUGAAAAUACGUUUAUAAAGAUAGAUAUUUGAGGUACCGUUCGUGAAUGGAAAUAUGGUAUUUCCGAUUACCGCGAGUUGUAUUGCCCGGGGUGUAUGAAUACCCCCUGGUGAGCUGGGCGAGGUGAGUCACGUCACGCGACGGACGUCGAAAAUCAUGCAGUGAUCGCGCGUGCUUGCAGGCACUCGAGAUGACGCAUGUGCAUGGUUGGUAUAUAAUCGUGGUCGACGGUCGUGUAUCCGGGUAUAAUCUGAGAGUUGAUAUUCGGACCGUGAUUCUCCAUCAUGUGGGUGUAGUGUAUGUGGCCAAUAAAACAGAUGACAACGGUGAUGUUGAUAAUGAUUGAAGUUUAGCCGAUAAAUACAGAAAGCUUAGACUGA